CACUCACUGGCGUAUCGAGCGGUCGCCUCAGUUAACUGCAGUUUAGUGAUGGCGCGGUGUUCCGCACGCAAAACGUAGUUCAUAAAAUCGGCGAACGAUAAAACCGUGAAAUCAUGUCAGUUUUGUGCGGAUAACAGUUGAAGCGGUCGGCGUUUUUCUUUUGUGUUGAAUAUAAGAGCUAAGUUAUUGGCGUUAAGUCAGAUGUCUGCCGUCGGAGGAAUUUGCCACCUCCAGUAAACUGGGAACAUCUUGGCCGCGUAGAUCGCUGCAAACGACUUCUAACAAGUUCGAGAACAAGCAUAACUGUAUUAUCAAAAUGGCUGAGGAAAGCAUGGAAGUAAAAUCAGCAGGGCCGUCUUCACCUCGCAGUCCUCAAAGCAACGGAGGUGGCAAACCGAACAGUCCACCUUCUCCUUUGGCAGUUCGUCAACCACGCAGGAUUAAAUUAUCAGAGCAACAAUUGGACAGCUCGACAAGGGACGAGUUGGCGUCGAAGUGGCGCGAACAGGACUUGUAUGUGGAAUAUCUAGAGGCACAAACUACAGCCCAGGAAGGUGAACUAGCUUCACUGAGAGAUUCAGAAGACAAGUACAGGCAACAGUACGCUGAAGCAUCACACAGAGAGAAGAUUUUAGUGAGGAGGCUUGCCUCCAAAGAACAGGAAUUGCAAGAAUAUGUUAAUCAAAUAUCGGAAAUGAAAGCUGCUCAGGCACCAUCUGCAGCAGCACUAAAAUCAGCUUUGUUGGACCCUGCAGUGAACAUACUCAUUCAGCGACUGCGACAAGAGCUCAUUACAACAAAAGCAAAGUUAGAAGAUACACAAAAUGAGCUCAGUGCUUGGAAAUUUACACCAGACAGCAAUACGGGAAAGCGGUUAAUGGCCAAGUGUAGGCUGUUGUAUCAAGAAAACGAAGAAUUGGGGCGGAUGAUUGCAAGCGGCCGAAUCGCCAAGCUGGAAGGUGAACUUGCAUUGCAGAAAAGCUUUAGCGAAGAAGUCAAAAAGUCUCAAUCUGAACUGGAUGAAUUUUUACAAGACUUGGACGAGGAUGUUGAAGGUAUGCAAAGUACCAUUUACUUUCUGCAGCAAGAACUCCGCAAGGCACGUGAAUCUGUGACGUUACUUCAGCAAGAAAAUAUUGCACUGAAAUCCAGUUCGGGUGAGAGCAACCUGACAAACGGCAUGUCUCCCCAUACUCCGCCAAUAAAGAAAGAAGAAGUAGACGAAAGUGCUACAGCUCUUGAAGUAAAAACCGUGAAACCAGAAGAGAGUGACAUGUGCAAAGGUGCUAGGACUCCGCCAUUACCACCCGAGGGUUCGCCUCGGAGUGACAGAGGAAGUGUUGAAAAGUCUGAAAGGACAGAACGUAGGCCUAGUCAAUCAGAUCUGCAAAUUGACGAGAGUUCCAGUGAUUCGGCAGCCCUCAUUAUAAAAGUUGAAAACGAGGAAUUAAGUGACAGGGAUGAAGAGGAACAGGAUAAUCGAAAUAGCAAAAGGACUUUGAGGACUAAAAGUAAUAACAAAGGUAGCGGUAAGUCAAACGGGGAAGAGGUGACGACAAGGACAACCAGGGGUAGGGAUAAAGCUAAAAGGGAAAAAAGUGGGGCAGGCAGUGAUGACGAGAGGACACAUAAGAAAAAACGAAGAGAAAGUGUUCUUUCUCUUGAUUAUAAUGAAGCUGACGAUGACGCGUUGGUGCUAACUAAUGGUGAGACGCUUCAGAGUGAUCCUGAAUGAAAAAUCUAUUGCUGGUGGAAAUUCCGAAACUAAAGUUCUAAAAUUUAGGUAGGCAACGAUUCUUGCAGCAUAUUGAUUUCUGGUUGACUGGUGCUGAUUUGUUUUUAUUUGCCUUUUCCCUAAUUUAAACAAAAGGACGAUUUUUUAUUCCUUGGCGUGAUGAAAUUUCGAAGCGAGAAUCGUAUGCUGUCUUUACUGUGUGCAGACUACUACAAUAGGUGGCAUUAAUUUUGUAAAGAGAAAUACAUGCAUGUUUCUCACAAUCAACACAGUAGUUCUACACGUUACACGUUGUAAAGUAUGCCUUGUAGCAUUUCGAUGUUUUUUCCUACUGCUCCAUCAGGUACAUUGUUGAAACUGAAAUAUGUUGAUUAAAUUUUUGUUCUUCGUUUUUGUAGCUAUUGUUUUCGAAUUUAUAUCCAUGUAUGUACUUCAGCACCUAAUGUCAUCUAUUUAUAGUGACUGCAACGAAAUAGCUUUCGGAUAGUUACUCAUGAAGACCUUGAACACAUGUAUAAUAUAUAAAUACAAUAAUUAUAUAUAUGCAAAGUUAUAUUAAAUACCGAAUCAUCAAAUGUACUCUUGGUUAUCAUGUAUUAUAAGAUUGGGAUUCAUAAUUCGUUUGGAGUACAGGCGUAUAACUGACAUAAUAAGUCCCAUAAAAAAUGACUAAUCAAGGUGUGAAACUUGUUUUUAAAUAUAGUUGCACGUCACAAAUCGUAAUUUUCAAAUUUGUAAUAUUUUUCCGACUAAAACGGUUGUACAGAGUUUUUUCAUUGCUAUUUUAUAAUAUUAUUACCUGCAUAUUAAGCAUUUGUUUUACAUUAUCCUACCCCGCCUCUGGCCCAGAAAUAUUUACUUUUAACAUAGUAGUUUUGCCUAUCGUGAAAUAUAUAUUUUCAAAAAUG